ACAUAGAUGACUGACACAUACGCAGGGAUGACGAGAGGCGGAUUCAGACGACUCGUUUGAUUCUUGGAAUUUUUAGUUGUCAGGUUACUGUUGAUCCUUGACGAGCUUGAGAAGCAAGCCUUAGCGGUCCGGCGGCAAGAGAGAUUCUUGAUCUUGGGAUCUCAUUCGCUUCCUCUCCUGCUUUGGUUUCUUGUUGUCGCUCGCAGAUACCGACUCGGUAAUUCCAUGCCUGAAGGCCCAAAUUCCGCCUGAAUGCCCAAAUUCCGCCCAGACUCUGCUCGCAAAUAUGUGACAGCACGGCGGCCCAACGCGAGGCAGUACAUCGUGCAUCUGGCGUCCGUGCCUUCAGUGCUGUCGUACCGGGGGGGAGUCAACGGGCUGCGGGGCACAGCGACUGUAGACGAUAGCGAGGACGAGUAUGAUGAGGAUGACGGGGCGGAUGAUGGGGCGGGUGAUGGGGCGGAGGGCGAUGCUGGUGGGGGUGGGAAUGGUGGUGGCGAUGGCAAUGGUGGCAAUGGCACUGCACCAGGAUCGGCACCAGCAGCACCAGGAUCAGCACCAGCAGCACCAGGAUCAGAAGCAGCAGCAGCAGCAGCAGCAACAGCAGGGACAGCAGCAACAGCAGGGACAGCAGCAACAGUGGCAGCUGCAGAAUUAGAAAGGAAUCUGUUGUCGGGUUCAGGGCCAGAACCAGACGAGGAUGCCUUCGAUGCCGUUAUUCAGUCCGCCGCUGCGGUUGCUGCAGAAUCGGCAAUGGAGAUAGGAGGACUGGUGAGAGGAGCAGGAGGAGCAGCAGCGGGGGUGGAAGGGCUGGCACGGGUAGCAGCAACAGCAGCAGCGUGGGGGGGAGGAGGAGGAGGGGGCGGAGGAGGGGGAGUGAGGAUGAGCGCACUGCCGUUUGGAAGAGGUGGGUUGGAUGCGCUGGUGGGGAGGGUGAGGCGUCGCCUGGGCAAGCUCAGAUCGAGCUCUGCUGGCGUGGGGCCGCGCCUGCUGGCCCGCGUUGCUGCUGCUGCAGUGGCUGCUGCAGCAGAGGAAGCAGCAGGAGCAGCUGCUGCUGGUGUGGGUUCCAUCAUAGAUCCAUCCCAAAACUCCUCCUCCAGUGCUUUUUACCCUGCAUUGACAACCCGAGCCACGUCAUCCGCGUUGACAUCCCCGGUGCUGACAGCGCAGCACGCGACAGUCCAGCAGCUGAGUGCGCGAGCGGCUCGCAUCAUGCGCACCACACCCUGGGGCCGGCUCAUGCGACCUGAUGUGCGGUUACCACACGUGCAGGCCUUCACUCUCUUCCUGGAAUCUUCCCACCGCAGCCUGCUGCGGUCUCUGGGGAUCCCAGCCUCAGCCAUUUUCCACAGCUACACCUACCUGCUCAACGGCUUUGCAGCGCAGCUCACCCCUGCUGAGGCGAGGCGACUGAAGCGGCACCCGGCAGUGGCGGACGUGGAGAGAGAGAGGACAGUGCGGGUGAACAUGGUGCACUCGCCUGAAUUUCUCAAGCUCGACUCGAGCCUGUGGCCUGCGAACGGGGGGCAGAGAAGCGCUGGGGAGGGCGUGAUCAUCGGGGUGAUUGACUCGGGCAUCUGGCCCGAACACCCCUCCUUCUCCGACCCUGACCUAAACGGUGCGGCAUACUCCAGUGUCCCGGCCCGCUGGAGGGGCGAGUGCACCACGACAGCUGACUACCCUGCGUGCAACGGCAAGGUGAUCGGAGCGAGGUACUUCUUGAAGGGCGCCGAGGGGCAGUUUGGCGACUUGGAUGAGACCCAGGAUGAUUACCGGUCGCCACGGGACAAAGUGCAACACGGCACGUGGUGCGCGGGAGCCGCUGCGGGCAAUGCAGGGGUCACAGUCACUGUGGGAGGCCGCACCUACGGCACAGCAUCGGGCAUGGCGCCGCGCGCCAGGCUGGCAGUGUACAAGGCGCUGUGGAUCAUCGGGGGGAAUGAGGGGGUGGGGGUGUCUUCCGACCUCAUAGCUGCGGCUGAGAAGGCGGUGGCUGAUGGCGUGGAUGUGAUCUCGUGCUCGUGGGGGGGCCUUGCCUUGUACUUCCAAGAUCUGCCGUACCUGCGAGGCUUGAAGGCCGGAGUGGUGACAGCCUUUGCAGCAGGCAACGGCGGUCGACCCCACCCCAUGAGCAUGUGGGGCACGCUUGCAAACGUCUCUCCCUUCUACCUCACCGUGGGAGCCAGCACCAUUGGGCGCGAAUACAAGGCAACACUAACCCUCGGCAAUGGAGCCACCUUCACGGGUCGCAGUCUGGGCGGCAACUCUGACACGGCGUCACCUCUCCCAUUCAUCAUGGCUGAAUCCGUGGUGUCUGCAGUAGGGGAUCCUCUCUUGGCCAAGGAGUGCUACGUUGAAGACAUCGAAGGGACUCUAGUCGCGGGCAAGUUCAUCGUGUGCACCCUUUUGAAGGACAGGCUGCUCCACCUGCUUGCGCACGCAGACACGCUGGGCGCUGCUGCUAUACUCGUUAUAAGCGGGAAGCCCAAGUACGAUAAGCAGCACCGCGUACCAUUCACCAAGACCCCCAGCAUCUUCAUCCCAUACGCGGCUGGAAAGACCAUCAAGAGCUACAUCAGCGCUCAAAGCAGCCCCACAGCCACGCUGUCCCCCUACACUGUCUCUUACUCCACCAAUGCGCCUCAGUUGGCCUACUUCUCUUCCACCGGGCCCCCUCGCAGCCCCUUCUACUGGCCCUCCCUCCUGUGGCGCGACUUACCCACUAAUGACAUCCUUAAACCCGACGUCAUGGGCCCGGGGUUCCAACUAUGGGCCGCGGCACCGGGCAAAUCGGUUGACACUGCUGCGACCGACCCUCCUAAUUUCAACUACUGGUCGGGAACGUCUAUGGCGACACCGCACUUGGCGGGGAUCAUGGCGCUGAUCGUGCAGAAGAAGCCGAGCUGGUCGCCCGCGCAGGUGAUGUCCGCCAUCACCACAACGGCGUAUACACCGAAUGAGAACGGGCAACCGAUUCAACGGGCAAAUGGUAAAAAGGCCAACGCUUGGGACUAUGGAGGUGGGCACGUGGACUCCACGCGCGUGUUGGACCCCGGGCUCACGUUUCACGCUGCACAUGCCGACUAUGUUAACUUUCUCAUGGGGAGGGACCCGAUAAGGGUGAAGAAGCGAUUUUGGCAGAUGGGGAAAGCACAUCCGAUUUUCCCUUGGAGCCUCAAUCGCCCCUCGAUUGCGGUAACCCGGUUACAUGGCUUGGCGAUAGUGUACCGGCGCGUAACAAAUGUGUACCAUAAACCGUCGACUUACAGUGCGAAGGUCGAAUCCCCUCCUGGGUUUUCGGUAAAAGUUUGGCCAACGAAGUUUACCAUUCUGCCCGGAAAAUCCAGGGUGUUUAAGGUAACAAUCAUUAGGUUCUUGCCAUUGGCGGCGUUUAGGUUCGGAACAAUCUUAUGGACGGAUGAAUAUGGGCACAGUGUGCCAGUGCGCCUGGUGGUUAGGUCUCCCAUUUUGCCAUGAUUGUUAUCAUAUUUGCCCAGAAAAGUGCCAAGUUUCUU